AUGCUCGGUGACGACAAUACAUCCACUGACCGGCAUGUUGGGGUGGUAGUCGACGGAGGAGAGCACGUCUGCGAACUCCUUCGAGAGGACCACACUGGGAGGGUGCGUGAUGUCACCAUUCAGUUGGUCUCCAAGUCCUCGUCCUCAAGGUGCAAUAGUCUUCACACCCACUCACUCAUCCAUCCAUCCAUCCAUCCAUCCAUCCUCAAGGGAUCAACGUUGGUGUUACGUGGGCCAAGAGGGAUGGAAUGCGAGGAAGAGAGCGGAGGUGGUCGUGAACCACACCUGCGUGAGAUGCGGUCCAUCCAGCAUCAAGGUGGAUGUUGGUGGUGUAAAGUGGAAGUUGGGAGGUGGGCGUGGGUUCCAGCAAGGCGUCCAACGUCAACAGACGUGAGCGCGUUUUUGUCUCACAGCAGUGCCUAA